AUGACCGCGCGGGAGAAGCAACUGCGCCUUGAGCUCAAGGAGUGCAAGUCCCUCUGCGAGUCCCGGCGUGCGGCUCUGCGCUUGGCUCGGCAGCAGCUUCGGGAGGCGGAGCAGCGCCAGGAGGAGCUGGAGACGGAGCUUCAGGCUCUUCAAAGGAGCCACGGAGACGAAGACUGGGUGGAGCAGCGGCCCUGGACGCAGGACCUGCGCCGCAUCUGCGAGGACUUCUUCGGGGUCGCCACGUUCCGCCGGAACCAGGAGGAGGCAAUGAACGCAGUGCUCAGCGGCCGGGACGUGGUCUUGGUCGCCCCCACGGGCGCCGGGAAGUCUUUGUGCUUCCAGGCGCCUGCGCUGCUGCGGAAGAACCUGACUCUCGUGGUGAGCCCUCUGCUGUCGCUCAUGCAGGACCAGGUCAUGGCACUCCGCGCUCUGGGCCUCAAGGCGUCAAUGCUCUCCAGCGGGGACUCCCGCGAGGAGCAAACCAAGGUCCGCGCGGAGAUGAAGGAGAUCACCAGCAGCAGCUCCGCGUUUCUGCUUUACCUGACCCCGGAGCGCCUCGCUAAGAGCAAGCUGGUCAUGAACCUCCUGGAAAAGAUCUAUGCCGCCGGUCGGCUGGGGCUCAUUGCCAUCGAUGAAGCCCACUGCGUCUCCCAUUGGGGCCACGACUUUCGCCCAGACUAUGAGAAGCUGGCGGCUCUUCGGGUGCAGUUUCCAAGCACGCCGAUCCUGGCGCUGACAGCUACUGCCACACCUGCGGUGGCGGCGGACCUGCAGCGGUCCCUCAGCUUGGGCUCCGCCGUGGAGCUGCGGGCGCCCACGGACCGGCCGAAGCUCUUCUACGCGGUGCGCCAUCGGCCCAAGGGAUUUCCGGAAGUCCUGGAGCUGGUGGCGAAGACCGUCCAAGGCUUCCCACGAGGUACUCCGGGGCUGGUCUACUGCAUCACCAGGAAGGAGGCGGAGGCGCUGCAGACGGCCCUGGCGCCGCAGGUGCCCUGCGCCUUUUACCACGGGGACCUGGACCCAAUGGCCCGGCACAAGGUUCAUUCUGCCUGGAUGGAGGGGGAGAUCCACGUGGUGGUGGCGACCGUGGCCUUUGGCAUGGGUAUCAACAAGGCAGAUGUCCGCUUCGUGAUCCAUUGCGGGCUCCCAGCCUCUCUGCACCACUACUACCAGGAGGCAGGCCGAGCGGGUCGCGACGGCAAGCCUGCUCUGUGCCUGCUGCUCUACCGGCCAAGCGACGUCACCCGGCACAGCGUCAUGAACUACUACAAGCCGGCAUCCUUGCGAGAGCUGUACAGCGCCGCGAUGUUUUGCCAACGUAGGACCUGCCGCCGCGCACAGAUCGCCCGGCACUUCGGCGAGGAGGCGCCCGCUUGCCCCAAGGCAUGCGACGUCUGCGAGGCGGAGAAGGAAGAGCCGCCGUGCAAGAGGAGGCGCUCGGAAACCUCCUCGCAAGUUGCUUCCGGCGCCUGGCAGAAAGCGCUCGAGCUCGCGGUGGCGGCACGAGGCAAGGAGGAGCUGUUCACACUGACCAAGCUCAGCGACAAGCUGCAGAAAGCCUGCAAGUGGAAAGGGGAUGCUGCCGCGGAUGACGCCAUGUAUGUGGUGAUGUCCCUGCUGGGAACGGGCUAUUUGCGCGAGGAGUUCCGGCACUCUCCCUACGCGACCAACGCGUACCUGGUGGCCACGGAACGCGCAGACAAGGCCGUGAGCGGCGAGGUGUCGCAGGAGGCGGUGGAUCUUGGGACGCCCAGCGCGUUGCUGCGCAGUGCUGCCCCGGCCCCUGCCAUGCCGAGUGGCGGCCAGACUCGACCGCAGCACCUGCAGAAGCUACGGGCCAAGCUGGCGAGGCAGGCCCAGCUGCCGGCGCAGUUCAUCCUCUCGGACGAGGAGCUCGCCCAGGUGGCGAAGGUUGUCUGGCAAGAGGCGAGCAGGGAACUUUGGCAGACUAAGACAGCCUGGGCCUUGGUGGGGCUGGAGAUCAGUCUGGAAAUUACUCUGCACGUGAGAGGCCAGAGCACUUUUGAGAAGCUGUACUCUAAGCACCCCUUUACAGGCCAUCUGGUCGAUCCCAAUGGCUUCGGCCUUGGAAUGCCUGGGGAGGCAGACGAGUCGGUGGCCGAGGACAGCGCCGAGCGCCUGCAUCAGGAGCUUUCAGGCGUGACGCCUGAGGGCAGCCCAGGGUGCCAUUGCCUGGAGUUCGACUCCUGGUGGAAUGAGGGCAAGCAGCGACGAUUCGUUUACAUCAGGUACAGCAUCACGGAAGGCGCCUUCCAGAUGGCAAUUGAUGAGGAUUCCAACCUCUACCAUGUGCCUGUUGCCUACGGUGCUCGGACUGGCGAGGCUGUGACUGUUUGGGACCUGCACGUGGGCGCGGAGGUGGACAUCCUGGGACGAAUGACCACCUUGCAGAGAUGCUCGCAAACCACCGCAGAGUGGAACAAGUAUUGGGCUGGCCGCCUCACAGCGCUGCGCAAUCGCUUAGCUGAGGAGCUGAAAAAGUACGACACCCGCAAGUUUGAUCCCUGGCUGACCUGGCAGAAGGCGAAGGUGGAGGUGGGUGGCAAUGACCUGCGGCUUCUCAUGGGGCAGGUCGCCGGCCUGAGCGCUCAGCUCAACGAGUACCGGCCCAGGCUGGCUGCUCAGCUGAGCGUUCCUCAGGAGAUGCUCAUUAUCGAGGAUCUUCCCCGAAAGCGGCGGCAAGCGCAAGAGAAGGAGGAUGGCUGA